UGGACCUUCAGAAUCACACUCACUAGAUACACAGACACACUGUGCUAGAUUAGAAUGAUGGCCUAUAUUCUGUUCACCGCUUUCACGGGUGUGGCAAUUUUACUUUUAGUGUUUUACUUCAGAUCCUGUUAUCUAUGGGAUGAUGUGAGCUAUGCACUCGCUAUAAUUAAACUUACUAUCCGAAAGAUCAAAGUCUUGAAUAGAAAACCCUGUUACACUAUUUUGGAUUGUUUUCUGGACAACGUUGCUCACCAGCCGGAUAAAAAGUUCAUCAUCUUCGAAGAGAGCUUCUACACUUACCGCCAGGCCGAAAAAGAGAGCAACAAGGUGGCCAGAGCUUUGUCAACACACACCAGCCUGACGCAGGGAGACACCGUGGCACUGUUCAUGGGGAAUGAGCCGCGGUUCGUGUGGAUCUGGCUCGCACUCACCAAGCUGGGAUGCACAGCUGCUCUGCUGAACUACAACAUCAGGUCCACAUCACUGCUGCACUGCUUCUCCUGCUGUGAGGCCAAGGUCCUGGUCGCUAGCGCUGACUUACGGGAAGCUGUAGAGAAGGUGUUGCCUACUCUGAAGCAGCAGGGCAUCUUAGUGUUCAUCCUCAGUGAGGAGUGUAACAUCGAUGGUGUCGAGAGUCUGUGUGAUAAAAUAGAGCAGGCCGGAGACCAGCCUCUGUCGCCUCAGCUGAGGGCCAGCACUACAAUGAAGAGCCCUGCUGUCUACAUCUACACCUCAGGAACCACAGGGCUUCCCAAGGCAGCAGUAAUUACUCAUGCACAAAUGUGGAGGGUGGCUUCUCUUCAGGCUCUUGUUGGCGUACGUUCAGAUGACAUCAUCUUCGUGUACCUGCCUCUGUACCACAGUUCUGCCUUUCUGAUGGGACUGUGUGGAGCCAUAGCAGAAGGCAUCACUGUUGUUCUAAGGCGUAAAUUUUCUGCCUCCAACUUCUGGAACGACUGUAGAAAGUACAAUGUGACUAUCAUUCAGUACAUAGGAGAAAUAAUGCGCUAUCUCUGCAACACACCAAAGAAAGACAAUGACAGGGACCAUAAAGUCCGACUGGCUCUGGGCAACGGGUUCAGGGCUGACACGUGGGCUGAGUUUCUGCAGCGCUUUGGGGACAUUUGUGUCCGUGAAUGCUACGGAGCCACAGAAGGAAACACUGGCUUUGUCAACCAUACUGGCAAAAUUGGAGCUGUGGCCAAAGAACAUUUCCUAAAUAAAAUAAUGAAUCCAUAUGCCCUUAUAAAAUAUGACACAGCGAGAGAGGAGCCCGUCAGAGACUCCAGAGGAUUUUGUAUUAAAAUCCAGAAAGGAGAGACUGGAUUGUUGUUGGGAAAGAUCAGAAAUACCAACCCGUUCCAUGGCUAUGCCAAGAACAAGCAACAGACAGAGAAAAAGAAGCUGAGAGAUGUGUUUGUGAAGGGAGACCUUUACUAUAACUCUGGUGACCUUCUGAAGUUGGACCACGAGGGAUUUUUGUACUUUCAGGACCGUGUCGGCGACACGUUCAGGUGGAAAGGUGAAAAUGUUGCGACAACAGAGGUGGCCGAUCUUUUGCUCAUGGUUGACUGUGUUGAGGAGGCAAAUGUCUAUGGAGUGAAGGUGCCAGGACAUGAGGGCAGAAUUGGGAUGGCGGCAGUGAAAUUAAAAGCAAACAUGGACUUUGACAGCAAAGCUACAUAUCAGCACGUCAGAAACUGCCUUCCCAGCUAUGCGCGACCGCGCUUCAUUCGCAUUCAGGAUGCACUGGCAGUCACUGGGACAUAUAAGCAAAUGAAGUUGGAGCUGGUGGCAGAGGGCUUCAAUCCAGCUGUUAUCAGGGACCCACUGUUCUUCCUGGAGGAAGACAAGGGUUACAUACCCAUGACCCAGGAGGUUUUUGACUCAAUUGCUGAGGGAACAACAAGGCUCUGAAUAAGCUGACUAUUUGAGCUGGGCUACUAAAUGUGUAGAACAUAAACUUCUCUCAUUACUGAGGAAUAUUGUGUUCUGGAAUAUUUCAAGACAUAGACGUUAGUUUGAAAUGCUUUUUAAUGAAAACAUUUUAUAACAUACUGUAAUUGUAAAUGAGAAAAGAAAACAAUCUCCAUGCACUGUCCUAUGUUAAAUAGUGAUAAUCCUUUUGCCUGGUGUUGACCAACGCUGCCUGUACAGUAGCAAACUGCUUAAUGAUCAAUAGCUGAUUCACUAUGUGUGUAUGGACAGCUCCAGUGUAAUUACAGCACUGUAGGUGCAGUGACAGCUUCCGCUGGAGGCGAGGGUGCCGUGUUGGCCACAGAAGAAGACAUGCAGUUCAUUCUCCUGCAGGUGGAAGACAAGUGUUUUUGAGCGGCCUGUGAAACCUUCAGAGGGCCGCACAGCUGGUGCCGCCCACAUUGCACCCACUGGUUGCAGAAGCUGGGAACGCUGUAGAACUUUGUCAGCUUUUUAAGCACCUGCUUACCCAGGAGAUUUGAUGGGCCCUCCGUAACUUUGAAUGCAGCACCAGAUCCAGUCAUCGACUGUGUGGGUAGAACCCCCAUGACAUCGUUCAUAUUAGGUCUCGUUUCAAAGUCGUAGCCGGACAAUGCGAUGCAAGUGUAAGGCAGCGGUUCGCUGUUGCAGCUAAGGGAACGCAUUGGCCUUCUAGGUCGAUUCCAGGCUUUGUCAAUCCACAGCUCCACGUUCACUUUGUCCUGCAUGGUGGCACCAUCCUCUUUCUCAUCAGGCCUGGUGUCAGGGUGUUGGUUUUCUUCUGCUCCUUUUA